AGAUUGAGUGCUCAGGUGUGGGAAACUUCGGCUCCAUGAGCAACAUCACGUGCACCUGACUCGCUUCGCAUUCCGAAAAGGGCAGCGACCUCUACAUGGCUGGUGCUCGGCUCAGUGGAGGCUCCCCCGGCUGGUGGCUCUGAAUCAGCCCAUUUGGUCAAACCGGACUGCAAAUCGAAUCCCGCAUUCCGGAAAGCAAGAAACCAAGGCACCUCCCUCGCGCUCAAUCGAACCCGACCGACCGACCCAAUUCCCUCCCCUCUGCCGCCAUGUUUCUGUCCCGCUCCGCCGCCCAGGUCGCGCGCCGGGCCGCCAUCGCCCCGGCUGUGCGUCGCGGCUUCGCCUCCACCGUCGCUCGCCGCUCGGGCAGCUCAUCGCAGACCACGACCCCGGAGAAGCCCAUCCAGACCCUGGCCGACGUCAAGACUGCCGACGACCUCUUCGGCCCCGGCGCCAAGCCCGGCACCGUCCCGACCGACAUGGAGCAGGCCACCGGUCUGGAGCGUCUUGAAAUCCUGGGAAAGAUGGAGGGCGUCGACGUUUUCGACAUGCGGCCGCUGGACUCUUCGCGCAGGGGAACCCUGCAGGACCCGAUCCUGGUCCGCUCGGCCGGUGACGAGCAGUACGCCGGCUGCACUGGCUACCCCCGCGACUCCCACGAGGUCAACUGGCUCACUAUGUCUCGUGAGCGCCCCGUCGGCCGCUGCCCCGAGUGCGGCCAGGUUUACAAGAUGAACUACGUCGGCCCCACCGACGACCACGGCCACCACCACGACCACCACGGCCACGAGGAGCCCAAGACGUUUGCCGACUACGUCAAGCCCCAGUACUGGUAAGAAACUCGCGGCUUGGAGAAAAAGAGGCGGCGUUCGGCCGGCGGCUCUACUUUUCCCCUCCCUCUCGCGCUCUGGAUCCGUACCCGGAACAGCCGUACCGGGGGCGGGUGAACAAGCAUUCGAAAUGCUGUAGGGCAAUGGGAGGAGGGACAUCACACUGUAGAAUAGUCCGCAGGGAAGUGGAAGUGCGUAGAUCUAUGUGUUCGCUCGCUGG